AUGAGUUCCACUCCCAUUCCGGGCACCGUCCAGCUCGUCGACAUACAGGGCGUGGUCCAUGCCAAACACGGCGAGGGCCACAAGGACAUCGUCCUCAUCCCCCAACCCAGCGAUCACCCGGAUGACCCCCUUGCUUGGACUCCCAGACGAAAGUUGUUCAACAUCUUCUGGGCAAUGACCUGGUGUUUUCUGGCUGCCGCAAUUAUCUCGGGCCUGUCCCCUGCAUACCUCAUGAUCGAGGCCGACACGGGUAUAUCCGUAGCCGACCUCAGUACCGGCAACGGCCUGCUAUAUCUCUUCCUAGGUUGGGGGACUCUCAUCACUCAAAACGUCGCCCUCACUUAUGGCCGCCGCAUUACCCUGGUCGCCUCGAUUCUGCUCACUACCUUUGUCACUCUAUGGUCCGCCUACGUCGAGUCACGAGCCGAGCUGUUUGUCAACCGUAUAAUUCUCGGCAUUGUUUCGUCUCCCAUGGAAACUCUCAUCGAAGUCAUCAUCGGCGAUGUCUUCUUUAUCCACGAGCGAGGUCUUUACAUGGGCAUAUACUCCUGGAAUCUCUGGUGCAGCGCCUUUCUCUGCCCUGUUGCCUCUGGCUUUGUGGCGGAAGCCCAUGGUUGGCGUUGGAUUCAGUACAUUCUUUCCAUUAUCGGCGGAGUUCUUACUGUCCUCACAUUUCUCUUCUUUGAGGAGACCAUGUUCAGUCGCCCCGAAACAGUGCCUGCUGAAGCUCUCGAGAUAAGCGCCAAGGGCGAAGAUACCCCUGGGUUGAUGGAAGCGGCGCCGGAGCAACCCUCAGAAAAGUCAGAGUCCAAGGAUGCUGAGCAGAGACCUGCUUCGAUCUCUGCUGGGCGCCAAGUUGACUACCUGGCUCAGCCAAAGACGUUUGUGCAAAGGCUAGCUCUAUGGGGAUUUCAGUCGCCGCGACCAGCGACCAAGCGCGCCAUCCUCCUCCCCUUUCAGCUCUUGCGAUAUCCGGCCAUUGUCUUCAGCGGUUUCCUCGUCGGCGGUAUCCUCUCGUGGUAUAACGUGGUCGGAGGUUCCUUGGCUCUCAUCCUCGGCAACGAGCCAUACAACUUUGGAACCAACACUAUUGGUCUUUUCUAUCUGGCCGCAGUUGUCGGUGUCUCCAUCGGCUGUGUCCUCUGCAGCACAACGAGCGACAGGAUGGCCGUGUGGUUUGCCAGGAGAAACGGGGGCAUCAUGGAGCCAGAACAACGCCUGUGGCUCUGCCUCGUGUGCAUUGUCGCGCAUCCAGCCGGUUGUCUGCUCUAUGGAAUUGGCGCCGCAUACCACCUCCACUGGGUAGGAAUCGCUUUUGGGCUUGGCCUCAUCAGCGUGACUCUGCCGAUCGGGUCGGCUUUGGCUUUCAACUACAUCUUGGACAGUUACAAGGAGGUGGCAGGUGAGGGCCUCGUCACGUCUAUUUUGAUUCGUAACCUCAUGGGUUUUGCUUUCUCCUACUCAGUCGUUCCAAUGAUUGAGAACCUGGGACUCAAGAAUGCCUUCAUCUUGAUUGCAGUCCUUGGUCUUGUGCUCUGGUGCAUGUGUCUGGUCAUGAUCCUCAUUGGCAAGUCUGUGAGGCAAGGUUCGGCAGAGAGUUACUGGAGGCUCGUUGAUAAGUUGGGCGCUAAAUCGCACUGA